AAAAAGAAGUCAGCCGAAACGGUAACUCUACAGGGUAAGAAUGCUGAAGAACAAAAAGAAUACAUGAAUGGCUAUGACGAAGGUUAUAAAUCUGCUCUACUGGAGAAUCUUGGUGGUUCUAAAGAAAAUAUGGGAUCGUCUAAGGCGUUGGAGAAGUUACGAAAAACGAAGAACAUUGGAAAAGGGAAAUUAUUCCAACGAGGGUUCACUGAAGGUUACAACAAGGCAACUGCAUUGCUGAAAUCCACCGAUAAACUUGGUAAAGAAUCCGGUGACUCGAAAGAGGGAUCGAAAGAUACUGCUGAGAAAGUGUCAAAAGAGAAGGUCGCGUCUAAAGAACGCCACAAAAGCCCGCAAAAAGGAAGUGGCAAGAAAAGGUCAAGAGAGAAGGCUAAGAAAGCGCAUGGAAAACGAAUAUCAAGAGAAGGCAUUAAAAAGGGACGAUCCAAAGAGUUGCCAAAGCUGCCAUCAAAAGAAGGUGCGAAGGCGCCGUCGAAGGAAAAAGCAAAAAUCCGCUCCAAAGAAGAGCCGCUACGAGCAAAGGAGGAGUCGAAGGAACCGUCGAAAGAAGCUGCUAUAAAACCUUCUAAAGAAAAGCCGUCUAAACAAGAAAUACAGCGAAAAGGUCUGUUGAGGGGAGAGCCAAUGUCAAGUUCAUUAAAAACUGCAAUCUUAAUGGAGUCGUCGGAGGGAAGAAAUGCAACAGCAAAAACUCCAGGUGGCACAGACCCAUCGUUGGGAGAUCCUCUUAAGAGAAAAGACAUAGUUCAUAUUGGACCAAGUGGAAAGCGGCAAUUCUUGAUUAUCAUGUACCGCGAUCAGAAGACUAAUGAAAUCCUCAUUUCAAGAAGUGGAGACGAAGAUGAGGAUGAUGAUAACGGUUCCAAAACUUCUAGCUCAAAGCUACUACAAGAGUAG